GAGCUAUUUAUUCUUGAAAUGCAUUGCUAUCAUAUGACAAUUUACAUCAGUUUUCUUUUAUAUGUUCUUGCUCUGGUGUUAGGCAUGCCGUAAGGCACUAGAUCUGAGAUGGAGUAAGUUUCAAAGAAAUGCAAGUCUCCUGAAGCGUCAGCUGACUUGGCAGUUUAAUGGCCACCUAGGAAAGAAGGGGAUUAGUGCAAAAAUAUGAAUACAGAAUACGACAUUAUUCCAAAUGAAACCGAUCGAGAAAUUGAGGACUGAAAAGAUGCUUUACAAGAAAAUGUUGCAAGAGCAAAAGAUGAAUUCAAUAAUGUUGUCUGUCAGGU